AUUGAAAAAGUAAGAAAGAGAGUGGUGGGCAAACAUUAUUUUUUAUCAUCAUUGAGAGAGAAAUUGUGAAAAAAAAUUGCCCAUGGGCAAAACUGAUUUGUUGAGAGAGAAAGUGGGUAGAGAGAUAUUAAACAAGCAUUAUUUUUGCCCACCAUUGAAAGUGGUCUAAGAGGAAUAUCUAAUGCAAUUUUAGUUUUUUCAUGGUUAACAUUCCCAUAAAUUUUUAUUGACUAGAGAGGCUUAAUUGUCUAUUUUUCAUGGUGUUUGGAAAGGUUAAAUGCUCACGAAUUUCCAAUUUCUUCACUAUAUUUUUUUUUUUCCUUUUGUUUUUCUUAAUUUUUUUUUUCUUAAAAAAUUAUUUUUAUAGUCAACCAAACAAGCAUUUUUAAAUUUACUCGACACAACCCUUCAAACCCCAAAAUGCCCCUCCGGCAACUACACUCGAUUAGUCGACAUUCUCUCCCAAACUCCAAAUAACAGAAAUUACAUAACAAAAUUUUGUUGGUUGAAUCUAGCGUACUGUUGAAACAGUUCUGAGCUUCUCUCCUCCAUUGAAGCAGCUUCUGAAGCCUUUCUUGAAAAACCAUGAUGGAUUUGUCGGGGAAAAUGUAAAAAACCGGUGUUUUGUCUGGUGAGCUAGGCAGUGUGAGAUGGGGAACAAAAAGGAAAGAAAGGUCAUUAUUAUUGAUCAGAAUGACAAAAAUCCAUGGUGGUGGUCACUUAACAAAGGUUUCGGAGCCUCUUUCUUGUGCAUCUCCCUUUUUGCAUUGUUAGUUAGGCUAGCUGUUUCCCUUCAUCCUUACUCUGGUGCUGGAAAUCCCCCAAAAUUUGGCGAUUUUGAAGCCCAGAGGCAUUGGAUGGAGAUUACUACUAAUCUUCCUGUUAAGGAAUGGUAUCAUAAUAGCACUGCCAAUGACUUGAGCUACUGGGGCCUCGACUACCCUCCACUGACUGCCUAUCAAAGCUAUGUUCAUGGCAUCUUCUUAAAGUCAGUCCUCCCUGAAUCUGUUUCCCUUUUCACUUCUCGUGGUCACGAGUCUUAUUUUGGAAAGUUGCUGAUGAGAUGGACAGUCUUAUCUUCUGACAUAUUGGUGUUCCUUCCUGCCGUAUUUUACUUUGUUCUAUCAUAUAGCGCUAGCCGCUCUCGCAGGCAUCAGAGUGAUGUAGCUUGGCUUGUGGCAAUGAUUUUACUGAAUCCAUGUCUUAUUGCAAUAGACCAUGGCCAUUUCCAGUUCAACAGUAUCAGCUUGGGUCUCACUAUUGGUGCUGUUGCAGCUGUUAUCUCCAGUAGAGAGCUGGUAGCUUGUACUUUGUUCACUCUUGCUUUGAGCCAUAAGCAGAUGAGUGCAUAUUUUGCUCCAGCAUUUUUCAGUCAUCUCCUUGGUAGAUGCUUAAGGCGUCGCAAUCCUUUCCUUGAAGUGUCAAAACUGGCCUUGGUUGUCAUUGGAACAUUUGCUGUAGUUUGGUGGCCAUAUCUGCAUUCAAAAGAAGCCUUUUUAGAAGUUCUGGCCCGUCUUGCUCCCUUUGAGAGGGGAAUUUAUGAGGAUUAUGUUGCCAACUUUUGGUGCACUACAUCAAUUCUAAUUAAGUGGAAGAAACUUUUUGAUAACCAGUCCUUGAGGCUUAUAAGCCUUGUAGCCACCGUGUCAACUUGUUUGCCUUCAAUGGUUCAGCAGAUAAAGGAUCCAAGCAACAAAGGAUUCCUCUAUGGCUUACUUAAUAGUUCCUUCUCAUUUUACUUGUUUUCAUUUCAAGUCCACGAGAAGUCAAUUUUACUGCCUCUUCUGCCAGCAAGUCUAUUGGCUCUUGAAGAACCUUUGGUUUUCAGAUGGUUAACUCAUUUUGGGUUAUUCUCGAUGUUUCCACUCCUAUGUCGUGACCGGCUUGUUUUGGCAUACAUCGCACUCUUCUCUCUCUUCUACCUCCUCUUUUAUGCUCCCAGGAAGAAAGACUCAGGGAAGAUCAGAUCAUUUUUCACCUUCAAAUCAUUAGUCACGAGCCUUCUUGUUUUUUGCUCAUUCGUGCUCCACGUAGUUUACAUGAUUAUGGAUCCUCCAAAAAGGUAUCCUUUCCUAUUUGAAGCUAUGAUUAUGUCUGUUUGCUUCUCCCAGUUUGUUUGGCUCGCUCUUUAUACCAAUACGAAGCAAUGGCAGCUGCAUAAACAGCCUACUUCAUUAGAAAAGGAUAAGAAACUUCGUUGAUCUCGUUUAUGAUGGAUUGUUUCUAAUAUUACAUGUAACAUGCCUUUUUAAUGAUAUAUUGUUGAUGAAUUUAAGUUUAAGCGUUACAGAUAUUUCUGAUUUGGAGCAUCAGGUUUUUGAUUUUUAUGAUUUCUUUGUACAGACAUACCCUUGUUUCUUUAGUUCCAGACAAUUUAUUGACAGUGUACUAGGCUUAUCAUCUUGUAUGAAAUUUCUAUUCCAUGUA